CGGCAUCCAGAUUGGCAGGCAAUUUCCUUUACGGAAGUGCAGAGUACAAACGAGCCACAAGUCGCGGACGAAAGAGAGUUUGGUCGUCGAAGUACAGAGCUAAUUCUUCAUACUGUCAUGGAGUUGAGCAUGAGCUCAAGGAUGCUGCUUGCUGUGAUGUUGAUGUGGCUUGUGCCUCUAGCGAGAUCAGCUCAGUGUCCCUGCAAGGAUGCCAAGGACUGUGACUAUCACACCAGGGAUUCUCACCCAAAUAAAGAGGUGUUUGUAUUUAACAAGGGAACAACAAGUGUGUCUCGUUGGCACUGGAAGUCCUUCACGGCUCUCAUUGCUCCGGCUGACUUUGACAUUAACCAGAAGGACCAAGCCUCGACCAUGUGCAUAACUCAUGGAAAUGAUCGCAAGUUUGGCAUUUCCGUGAAAAUGGAUUUGACAGGGUCGUUGAAUAGUUCCGAUGAAAAGGCUGGAGAGUGGUUAUCUUCUGCUGUGCAAAGACAAAGAGAGUGGCACGCAGAUAUCCUGAACGUUGACCUAGUCCCCUACUUUUUGUCGGACGUCAACAGCACCAAGGAGGACCACAGUCAAUUAGCGUUGAUUCUCAAGAAACUGAGGGACUCCCUGAACAAAAACACUUCUCACAUCAUUGAGGUAUCGUGCAUGGCUCCGUGGAAGCCUCCGUGUGCUGAGACGAGCAAUACCUGUGACUUCUCCUGGAUCUCGAUGGACGCUUGUGAUUACUUUGUCCUCAACGGAGACAGCUUUCUCGAUGUCGGCGGAGAUGUGUGCAGGGCUGGUGCUACCAUUCCCUUACCCAAGUUGUAUUACGGUAUGAAUGAGUAUCAAGCUCAUCAAGUUCCUCUGAAUCGAAUGAUCCUGGGUGUUCCAUGGCACGGAUUUGACUACACUUGCUCAUCCUUUGGGAACGAUGUUUGUACAGCCGAGAAAAAUGAUCAAGAAGACAGCUCGAACGGGAAGUGUGACUUCAAGAAAAAGUUUGUCUCGUUCGGAGACAUAAUGGCGAACUACAAUGAGGAGUACAGGUUGAGGGAGUAUAAUGACAUGGACAACGCUCCUUUUUUCAACUACAAGGACAAUGCGACACAGCACCAGGUCUGGUUCGAAGACGCCGCCAGUCUGAAGAGUAAAUACCGACUUGUGGUAGAAUUAAAGCUACGAGGAGUUGCUGUGAUGUAUGGAGACGACCUGGUUUCCUUGACCACACCCGAGACCCUGGUCAAUGACGGAGUCAUGUGGUCCUGGGUGGCUCACGGGGUGCUGCUGGAAACUGCACACAAGCCUGAAAAAACGGAUCUGCACACUGCAGACACAGUUGCCGGGGUUGGUGUCGGCUGCUUGCUCCUCGGUGUGUUUCUGGGUGUGCUGUUUACCUGUCUGGCCACCAAGAAGAGAGUGAAGAAACCGAAACCGGCGUUCCACAGGGACGGUGGUGGGAUGGACGAUUUUGUGGACGAGGAUCCGGAUUUGUGAAGAGAGGGAUAGUGAAAUUAUGAUGAUGGUGUCUUGCUUCUAUUUCCCAGCAGUUGAAGUUUAUUUUGGCCUUCUGUCCAAUUAAUUUUGAAAACAAUAGAAGUGUAAGGUCUUCCGCUCAGCUAGGGAGUUUUUUUUUGACAUAAGUGGCAUAAUCUCAAAGAGAAGUUUCACUAGAUUUAUUCUCAUCUGUCACAUGUUUUUUUUUUUUUUUUCUUCUGUUGGCAGUGGAAAACUCUGGAAAGCUAAUCAUUGGCAAGCUGUUCAUAUUGUACUAAGCCCAGAAAGCAAAAUUUUUCAGGAGAGAGAAAAAAUUGUUUCAUUCUAUAUUACCUGUAUUACCUGUCCUGGGCAACAACGUCAUUGCACACCGGACAGGUCCAUGAGGUCCACUGAACUGUUUCAUUCUGUUAAUAAUUGUACCCUAUAUUUUGUACUUUUCCCUGCAUUUUUCAAAAUUUAGAAAUCAAAUUUUCUCAAAAUAUUUCUUGAGCACAUGCAAUUCAUUCCAAACAAUAUAGAAGGGUAACUAAAAAUAAAUAAAUUUGGCUUAGUGUUUUUUUUAAACUGCUGGCUGAUGUAAUGCUCUUCUAAGAUAAUGCGAAGUCUGAUAAGCUCUCUUUAAUUUCGUACAAAGAGCAACGAGCCUUUCCCUGUAAAAUGUAUUUAGCGUAUCUGUUUUUUUUAUCUGCUUACUCUUUUUGAACUUGCUGAUUAGUGCUAUGCUAAGCUGGUUGUUUUUACAGCCAUGUCAUAUCUUUCGGGUUGUGAUUUAGAGUUGAAAAGUGCUAGUUUGAUAUGUGAUUGAUGACAGACAGCAAAGAACUUUCAAAAUGUGACGUAUUUCUGAAAGUCUUGAAAUUGUCUUUGUGUGUUGCAUAUAUUUGUGCACAUACAUUUUUUUGUUCUUCUCCCAAAGCAGUCAAUUUGUUCUCUCAUUUGAGCCAAUGCUGGUUUGAGUGGAGUAGAGUAUAGCAAAUUUAUCAGUCUAUAUGCCUUGCCAUUCAUUUCACUUCACUCAAACAUAUCACUCGCGCGGUCAGUUGAAACAUUGCUUCUGGAAUCCUGUCAUGCUCUGCGAUUGAGAUUCAUUUUGUUGUGAAGAGUUGUAGUUUGUGAAACGAUUCCUCUCGUGGAAAAUACCCUUGUUCCUGUAUAUAGUUUGACCUGUCGAGAGAGAGAGAGAGAGAUUUGAAAGCGGUGUAUGGAGGGACCAUUCAUAGGUAUAUAUUGCUUUGUGUGGAAAGUGAUAAGGGUGGGAGUUCUGUGUAUGCUUCUAGCACUUUGCUUCCUGCUUAACUCUUAAGACCUCGCUGGCAGCCAGUUGAUGCUCUUUUGCUCUGCGCCCCCGGUCCCCGCCGUAGUAAAAUGGGGGGAAAAGGAAGGGCGAAGAUGUUUUAACCCCCCCCCCCCCCACCCCCCACCACCACCACCACGAUACACUCCCAGGCAUAAUACUUUGCCAUCAUAUUUUGGGGAAAAUGCAAAGAACCUGGGUGGUAAAAAUAACCGAUCGGCGAGAUGAGGCGGCAAAGUGAUAAAGGACGUAGCGGGCACACGUGUCCGGAUCCACAGAGGAACAUAGACAAUGUUGCAACACAGUUUGAACCAACAUACUCGAAUUAGAAAUGUAAAUUUGUACGCUUCAUAACAUGCAUGCCUGUUGCCUGCCUGUCUUUUUAGGUUUUAGAAAAA